ACCGAAUACAUGAUCCGACUGGCGGGAGUUCAUUCCAUUAGCCAAAAGACCCAUUUCACUAAUCGCAGAGGCUGGGAGAGGUGGUUUAGAAAAAGAACAUGAAUACAAGAUAAAACAGGUUCGGCAAGUAGUAGUUAUGGCUUAUUUUUGACCCGUGCACAAGGUAGCAGCAUAUGUAAACAAAUUUGAAAAUCCCGCCCAUUCCGAAGCAAACCUCUCCACAUACGCGUCUAUUGUGGAAGCAUUUGGCUCGUAAGCUUUACAGGUAAUCCGGUUCUUCAAUAUUUUGGUUAUUCCAACAAGCUUGAAAAAAAAGCUAGGGUAUGGAGGUGCCUAUAGUUGGGAGCGACGCAGUACAGUGGAUUGAAGUGAAUGUUCCCAGAACUGCGCCUGCCCAACAUGACCCGUGCGCCUCUCCACCGCGCGAUGCAGCUGGGUGUUUUGCCAUUGCCUCUUCUUCCGAGUACAUUAUCUGGCGUGUGCAUAAAGAUUUGCCGAAUGUGUUGGAGUUAAUGGAAUGGUCAUUUCGGCGGGAACCUCCAAGAUAUGGCUUGCACAUUACUUUCCAGGAUUCUCUUUUUCCAUUUGUAUCUAUUUUCAAGCAUCAGAUGAAUAACAGUGCUGGAAAUUUGUUACUUUAUGCCAUAACGACUUCGGGAUUUGCAUAUCUGAUCAAAUUAAAGUCUUUAGCUGCUUAUCGAUCUGGAGAAAUUUUACAUAACAAUGAGCUGAUACAGCUUGAUUUAUCUAAGAAUCUUGUUUGCUUAGAUAAAAUAACAGCAGUAACAGUAGCUGCCGGCAUAUUGUGUGUAGGAGGCCAGAAUGGGUCUAUUUUGUGUCAUCAACUUGGUCAACUUGAUCAAAGUACUCAUGAUACUUCCUUUGAGUUGAAAGAUGCAGACGGUGGAUUGGGACGUUUAUGGGGACUUGUUUCUAGGGGAAAGACUAUUGGUAUGAUUAGGAGUUUAGUGACAUCAGAAACACAUGGAAAAAGGUUGCUGUUUGCUCUUCAUGAUGAUGGAAAUCUACGUAUAUGGGAUCUGGCUAGUAGAUCAAGAAUUUUCAGUCACUGUUUAGGCUCUUCUGACUUGUCAGGUUUUGGACCAAGUAUGCUAUAUGUUGGGGAGAAAGAUGCUAAUGGAACUGUAUCAGUGUUAGCUCUGUACAAAAGCUUAUCGGAAGCCAAUUUAGAGAAAAUUGUUCUAUGCAAAUUGGAUCCCUUUUCUACUGAUAUUGGGGGCCGAAGUGGUCAGUCUGUGCAGCAACGGAGUAUACCUUUGGAGCAGGGCAAAGUUAUUGACAUGAGGUUAUCUUCUGAUGGAUUAUGGGUACUCAAAGAGUGUGGUUCAGCUCUUUACGAGUUAUUUCAUAUAGAUCUGGAAUUAGGACGUGUUUGUAACUAUGUUCUGCAAGAAAGUUGCAUUGCGAAUGAAAUCUUGCAAAGUUCAGAAUUUGAUGUGGAUAAUCUUAUUUUGGUCCACCACUUCAUAUAUUCAUCCUUUAAGAAUGAAGUCCCUCCUUCAGUAUCAGCCAUUUUUCUCCGUAGGCUAAUGCAAUCAGGUGUUGGACAACGUCGUCCACUUCAGGAAGUUAUGGAGACCCGUAAGAAGCAUUUAAGUGAUUCUGACUUCCGUUCUCUUACAGUAGAUGGUUUGCGUAAGGAGAUUCUGACUGUCAUAGAGUGUGAGGGAAUUGGGGAUAAUCAAAUUUCUUUGUCAUAUGAAUGGAAAAGUUUUUGCAAUAUUUACAUGCAGUCUUGGUGUCAUAACAAUGUGCCAUAUAGUUUGCUUUUUGACUCCUCAACAGGAGGCAUUGGAUUGAUAAGAAGGCACUCUCUUUCUUUGAAUCGUAGUCUGUGCGACAUUGAACAGAUAGUACAUGGAAUGCCUAUGGUUGAUGGAAAAAUUUCUUCACUCCCUUCAGACUGGAAGCAUAAUAUAAUUGAUACUGAGAUACUUGAUGGGAUAUUGAAGUGCACUGGCAUCAUAUCAAGAUAUUUAGGGAAAGCUGCUCUUGCUGUUUUCUAUGAAGCUUUGUUAAAGCCGUCAAGUGUUACAUUCCAGUAUCUCAUUUCUCGCUUCCUAAGGAUUUUAGAUGUUGGAUAUGAUUUUUCGGUCUUAAAACAACGUAAUUCACAUCUUGGCGUGGACUUUGCACGUGAGAAGGAACAUAAGUAUCACAGCCAUCAGAGAAAAUUUUCUCUUAGUAUACUAUUUUCUCUACAGGCAUUAAGAGAUAAAGCAGGUGGCUGGGAUAGAGUUCUGAAUGUAAUUGAAAAGUUCUUGACUAGCAUUGUACCUGAAAAUUUUUCCUAUGACAAAAGAUCUGCAGCAAGGGGCAUAUUAUACAGUGUAAACACGACAUUGUUGGUGCAGACAAUUUCUCAGGUUGCAGAAAUUCAAUUUGAGACUGCCCGUGACUUGCUUCUACUUCUUGGUUAUGUGCUAAAAGUUAAAGGACAGUUGAACAUAGAACCUGCCAAUGUGUCAAGAAUAGAGCUUCAGAUGAUUCCAAGGGUCCAGGAUAUCGGAACACGGUCUUUCUUGCUUUACUGGAUGAGUACAACGUCUACUGAAGCCCCACCCGUUGAGGACUUCAGCUUACAGCUUUCUUCACUUCAUAUUGUAGGGGAUGGCAAAAAUGAAAACAGAACCUGGGAAGGAAUGCUUGGUACAGGUGAUCUCACCCUCACUGGUAUACUCAUUUUUGGGUAUCCUUCCUCAAAGAAUCGUGCAUCAUGGAUGAGCACCAUGCAAAGUCCUGAUGAAUUGCUUAGUAAUGCGUGGAAAUUCACAAGUUGGAUUUUUUGGGGUGAAAAUGGCAGUCAGUUAGAAAGUCUUUCUAUUCGUGUCAUUGCUCUUUCAGCAAUACUACUUCAAUAUGGUCAAUAUGGUGUUCUUGAGAACCUCUUUGUUACUGUUGAUGAACAUUCGGAUCAGCAAAAGCUUUCAAGAAAUACUGAAAGCAUGGAUGGGGAGUGGUGUGCGCGUCUUCAUCUCUUGGGAUUUUGUCUUCUUGCUCGUGCUCGCUUAAGACUUCAAGAAAAUAUAAAAGAAAAACAAAUUGAAGAAGCAAUUCACUGUUUUUUCAGGGCUGCCUCUGGAGAAGAGGCCAAUCAAGCAUUGCAGGAGUUGACCUUUCAAACAGGUUUACAACAUUCAGGCCCCAAUACGACAGCUGCUUGGAAGCUUCACUAUUUUGAAUGGGUGAUGCAGAUUUUCGAUCAACAGAACCUGAGUGCUGGAGCAUGUCAAUUUGCUCGUGCAGCAUUGGAGCAAGUUGAUGAAGCUCUUGGGGUAAUGGAUCAACUGGAUGAUGACACCUCACUGGAAACUGCAUCUAACAUCAAAGGCCGACUUUGGGCCAAUGUUUUUAAAUUUUCAAUGGAUCUCAAACAGUAUAGUGAAGCAUAUUGUGCAAUAGUAUCAAACCCUGAUGAAGAGAGCAAGCUUAUUUGUCUUAGGCGGUUCAUAAUCAUGCUUUGUGAAGACAAGGCAACUCAGAUUCUUUGUGAUCGUGAGCUACCUUUUGUUGGGCUUUUGGAAAGAGUAGAGAGAGAAUUGGUUUGGAAGGCAGAGUGCUCAGAUAUAACAGCAAAACCAAAUCCUUACAAGCUUCUAUAUGCAUUCCACACAUAUCGCCACAAUUGGCGCAGAGCAGCUGGUUACAUUUAUAGGUAUACAGUUCGCAUGAAGGAGGAAGGUAUAUUGAGAGUGCACAUGGAAUUAUCUUUUACAUUGAAUGAGAGAUUGCAGGGGCUGAGUGCUGCUAUUAAUGCUUUGCACUUGGUUGAUCCUGCAUAUGCUUGGAUUGAUUCUGUACAAGAGAGCUCUAAUGGAUUGGAUCGGCAUUCACCUACUAAAAGAGCACGCAAAUAUAUUGAUGUGACUUCUGUAAUCACUGCUGAUGAGACGGGAAAGCAAAAUUAUGCUAUUGAUAUUGAACAACUGGAAAAAGAGUAUGUGCUGACUUUGGCACAUCUUGAACUUGCGGCUGCAAAUGUCAAGCAUUCUUCGUUAGGAGGAAAUAUACAACCAGCAGAUCUGGUUUUGCUAUUGAUACAGUCAAACUUAAAUGACAUGGCAUUUACAGUUAUUUUCAAGUUUUGGAAGGAUUCCUCAUUAAAAAGGGAACUGGAAAUGGUUUUUCAGAUCAUUGCUCAGAAAUGCUGUGCAAGUAAAUCCACCUCUUUAUUAUUGAGGGAUUCACUUGCGAAUGUUCUUCUUAUACCUUCUUCAGCUAGGGAAGAUGAAAUUUCCAUUGAUCGGAUGGGUAACAAUGACUUUCAAACUACACGAUAUAUAAAUUCAAAGACUAAAUGGAAUAUGCUUCAAUUAUAUCUUGAAAAAUACUUACAUAUACAUCCCCGACUUCCAGUUGUGGUUGCUGAAACUCUGCUGCAUGCGGACCCUCAAAUUAAGCUGCCUUUGUGGCUGGUGGAUAUGUUCAAGGGUGGAAGGAAAGCAACUGCCUGGGGAAUGGCUGGGCAAGUGUCAGAUCCUGCAGCAUUGCUCCGGUUAUAUAUAAACUAUGGAAGAUUUUCUGAAGCUACCUACUUAUUGCUCGAGUAUAUAGAAGCAUGGUCUUCUCUGAGACCAGCUGAUAUUGUCAAACGUAAAAAAAUGUCUGCUGUGUGGUUUCCAUAUACCUCAGUUGAACGCUUAUAUUGUAUUCUCUCUGAGAUGAUUAACGCUGGCCAAAUGAUUGAACAGUGUGACAAGCUCCAGAAAUUAUUGCAUGGGGCUCUUUUAGGUCACCUAAAACAGUUGAAGGUGGAUUCAGACGAUGCACAAUCUUCUGCCCUUUGAUAUGAUGGCAAAUAUUAUAGCAAGAAGUAUAGUUCUGCUGGCAACCCAUGUUAAUUGGGCAAUUCCUUGCAAAGGCAAGGCCCAAAACAUAGAAAGGCCUUACCAUAUGGCAUACCUUUUUAUUAACAUGGCGCUAUAGAUAUUGUAAGACCUGGUUUUGCUGACAGAAUAUUUCAUUAACAGUAUCUGCUGGUUAUGUUUUAAAGCAGAUUGAGGGUUCUUUGUAGAUUAAUAGGCAACAUCUUUGCAGAUUUCUUCAAGUUAUGCCCUGCUGGUGUAUAUCUUAGGCAUGUACAAUAAAUAACCUAGUUUCUUUACGGUGUUUCA